AGGCCUGCGCGUUGCCGCUAGACCGGCGGGGGUAGGGGGGCGCGGCGGCAGCGGGUGCACGCCUCAGACAGCAGCCGCGCGAACUAGACUUUGUGUUCCUCUGACCCUCCUCCGGGCGCUUCCUCCCGUGCCGUCCUUCCCCGCCCCCGCCGCGUCCUUGCGAGGCGCCUCCCAUUCGCCAGGACCGACCCAGGGGUAUGGAGGGGAUACGCCCCUACGGCCCUCCCGGGAUCCCGAAGAGAAGCCCGCGGGCGGCCUGAGCUGCCGCCCUCGUUUAGAGCCCAUGGGCGCGUCCCCACGGGCCGGCCUCGGACGUCAGGGCAGCGAGCGGCGGGACCGCGGCGCGCAGGAGGGCCGCGCGCGCGCGCUCCCGCCACAGUCCCGGCCGCGCCCGCCCCGCCUCUCGGCGCCGGCUCCGGAGCCCGGUCCGCGAGCGGCGGCGGCGGCCGGAGGGACCAUGAGCUGCGCGGGGCGGGCGGGCCCUGCCCGGCUCGCCGCGCUCGCCCUGCUGACCUGCAGCCUGUGGUCCGUGCGGGCGGACAACGCGAGCCAGGAGUACUACACGGCGCUCAUCAACGUGACAGUGCAGGAGCCCGGCCGCGGCGCCCCGCUCACGUUCCGCAUCGACCGCGGACGCUACGGGCUUGACUCGCCCAAGGCCGAGGUCCGCGGCCAGGUGCUGGCGCCGCUGCCACUCCACGGAGUUGCUGAUCAUCUGGGCUGUGAUCCACAAACACGGUUCUUUGUCCCUCCUAAUAUCAAACAGUGGAUUGCCUUGCUGCAGAGGGGAAACUGUACAUUUAAAGAGAAAAUAUCACGGGCUGCUUUCCACAAUGCAGUUGCUGUAGUCAUCUACAAUAAUAAAUCCAAAGAGGAGCCAGUUACCAUGACUCAUCCAGGCACUGGAGAUAUUAUUGCUGUCAUGAUAACAGAAUUGAGGGGUAAGGAUAUUUUGAGUUAUCUGGAGAAAAACAUCUCUGUACAAAUGACAAUAGCUGUUGGAACUCGAAUGCCACCGAAGAACUUCAGCCGUGGCUCUCUAGUCUUCGUGUCAAUAUCCUUUAUUGUUUUGAUGAUUAUUUCUUCGGCAUGGCUCAUAUUCUACUUCAUUCAGAAGAUCAGGUACACAAAUGCACGCGACAGGAACCAGCGUCGUCUUGGAGAUGCAGCCAAGAAAGCCAUCAGUAAAUUGACAACGAGAACAGUGAAAAAGGGUGACAAGGAAACUGAUCCAGACUUUGAUCAUUGUGCAGUCUGCAUAGAGAGCUAUAAGCAGAAUGAUGUCGUCCGAAUUCUCCCCUGCAAGCAUGUUUUCCACAAAUCCUGCGUGGAUCCCUGGCUUAGUGAACAUUGUACCUGUCCUAUGUGCAAACUUAAUAUAUUGAAGGCCCUGGGAAUUGUGCCGAAUUUGCCGUGUACUGAUAAUGUAGCAUUCGAUAUGGAAAGACUCACCAGAACCCAAGCUGUUAACCGAAGAUCAGCCCUCGGCGACCUUGCCAGCGACAACUCCCUAAGCCUUGAGCCACUUCGAACUUCGGGGAUAUCACCUCUUCCUCAGGACGGGGAGCUCACUCCGAGAACAGGAGAAAUCAACAUUGCAGUAACAAGUGGUCACUUCUUUCAUCGAAACUCUUUGUCCCCUCGGAGUCUGGUGUAUGAAAGUGAAUUCUCCACAAUUGAACCUUCUUUGGACAUAUAUGAUGAGAACAAAACCUGAUUUUGAAACAUGGGCUGUAGGGUCACUGCUUUUGUGAUUUGAUUUCUGAUCACCUUUCUUAUUUUGUAUUCUGUCAGCAUCCGUUUUGGAAGAAUGGCAGCACUUUCAAGCACAGGCUGGGGUUCAGGGUUAAUUUGCAAAGUUCCCCCAAGGCGAGGCUUUGAGGACAGCAGUAUUGCCCAGGUGAGCCUUGUGGAAUUGAAAAUGCGUCCAAGCUGAUUAUUGAAGGUGGGCACCUAGCAAGCCUGGCUGUUUCCAGAGAAGAGGCUGGGCCUGGGAUUCAUGUUGCAUUGCAGAUGCAUCUCAUGCUGUUCUGUUCCAGGGAAGCUGGAGUUUUUAACAUCCUUUUGUGGUCCCUGCUUACGAUGCAUAUUGCCCUGUGGGAGAAGCUUCCUACCCCUGCGGAAUGCAGGUGCUGCUCCCUGACCUACUCUGGAUGGGCCCCUCUUGCUUAUUCUACUUCCUGCUGAAGAGCCUCUUCUAAAGGGUGUUGAGAAAAGUCCUUGCCUUUGUACCUCCUCCUGAGACGCUGAUCACCCACUUCCUGCCAGGGCAGGGCCAUGGGAGACGCAGGCUGUGGGGCCGGGUCUAUGUGCAGGGCCAGGCAGCCAUCUGCAUCGCCAUUUUCCAGCCUCCGUGUUGAGCAUGACGUAAAGUGACAAGUGUUUAUGUCAGCACGAAAACACUGAAGGCCCCUCCAUCCCUGCAGCCUGUAGACAUGUCUACUCGGCCACCCCUGAGGUGUGUGUAUAGGGAGGUAGCACCUGGGAGCCCGGCACAGCAGUGUCUCUGGGCACAGUGAUUUUAGGGGGGAUGGUCAGCAAUUGUGAAAAACAGAAUGAUCUGGAAUGUCUCAUUGGGAAGACUGAACCCCCAUCUUGCUGCAAAUACCAGAGAAGCACCCAUCUUCAGUGUCCACUGUGCAGCCCAGUCCUCCCCACCAGCCCCAGCAUAGCAUGAAAAAGGCACAGGAGCACUGGCUGCCAGGCUUACAGGAUGGUGCAGCAGCCAGCAUGCCGGGCAUCACGGACAUGCGGGAUUCUCCCACACAUCUUGGAUGACACCGAAUUAACAUGAUGAGAAAUUUGCAUCUUACAAGUGAUUCCAGUACAGAACCACCAUGGGCAAAUCUGUUUUGCAAAAUAAGCAAAAAUCUGUACACCCUCUGCAAAAGGACACAACCGAGUUGAAUCUGCUUCUCCUUAUUGGUAUGAGCUGCGUGGAGGCGUGAGGUGUACAGACCCUUGUUGUGAGAACAGAAACCUCAGUCUCUGCGUGCCUAGGGUGUGAUUUGGUAGCAAACCGAGCAGACACGUGAAUCCCCCGCCCUGUUCUCACUGACUGUGGAACAUAAGUUUGAAGUGAACACUUCCCAUUUUCCCACGUGCAGCUUCUCCUGAGUGUCUUUUCUCAUAAUGCACCAGUAACAUGCCUCAAACACAGGUAUGCCUGAAAGAAACCUGCAGAGCCCUGGAUGGGGACAGCCUUCAUGAGUGUUGUCAGAGAGCAAGCAGUGGCAUUUUGUUUUCACUUGUUUGAGACUAGAACGGUGCAGAUUUUAAAGGUGUUAGCAGCUUUUGUGUUUUACCUUUUACCAAGGGCUUUUGGGGGUUUUUUUCUUUACUAUAGUCUUUGUACUAUAAAAAUAUUUUCAAUGAGCAAUUUCAAUAUACCAUAGUUCAGAAAAACAAGUUUUUCCAUUGGGCUCUCAGAGGGAGAAUGAGUCUGCAGGAGGCUGCUGGAGGUUCUAGACACGUGCCUGCAUGUGUAUGUGCUUAGCCCCCCUGAAAGAUAGGACAGCUCAGUUCUGAUUGUUGCCAUGUUGUCUGUAUCACCUCCUUGUUUUCCCAAACCAAAACUCAGACCCCAGUGUAGCAUUUUCUCCUGAUUUGAGGUCUUACAAAGGCAUAUACAUUAAAUUCCACUCAACAUUUUUUUUUUUUUUGAGACAAAGUCUGACUCUGUCACCAAGGCUUGAUUGCAGUGGUGCAAUCUUGGCUCACUGCAACCUCCACCUCCGAGUUCAAGCUAUUCUCCUGCCUCAGCUUCCUGAAUAGCUGGAACUACAGGCGUGCGCCACCACACCCGGCUAAUGUUUGUAUUUUUAGUAGAGAUGGGGUUUCACCAUGUUGGCCAGGCUGGUCUCAAACUCCUGACCUCCGGUGAUCCACCCGCCUUGGCCUCCCAAAGUGCUGGGAUUACAGGCAUGACCCACCAUGCCUGGCUUCAACACAGUUUCUUUACUGAAAAAGUAUGAAAUUACUUAAGAAGAAAUAACAAUUUCAGGCCCCUAGAAUCUGUCUAUCAAUAUAACAUUUGAAUUUCUGGGAAAUUUGGGGCACACAUUUACUGUAGAAUAACCAAGGAGGCAUUCCUUACGGGAGUAUACUCAGAACAGUGCUCCGGGUCUUAGCUUGACACCCUUCUCUGGAAAAUCGGGGUCAUUCUCUGACUCAGCUACAGAAUGUCCUAUCUUUGUCAGGAGGGACACUAACUUCUCAUUAAGAUCUUGUUCUUCAGAAGUACAGAGGUUGUUUGGUUUUUGGUUUCUGAUUUUUGUUUUUGUUUUGAGACAGGGUCUCACUCUGUCACCCAGGCUGGAGUUCAGUGGCACAACCUCGGCUCACUGCAGCCUCCACCUCCUGGACUCAAGUGAUCCUCCUACCUCAGCCCAAGAGUAGCUGGAACCACAGGCACAAUUCACCAUGCCCAGCUAAUUUUUGUAUUUUCUCUAGAGACAUGGGACUUCGCCGUGUUGCCCGGGCUGGUCUUGAACUCCUGGGCUUAAGCAAUCCACCCCCACCUCAGCCUCCCAAUGUUCCGGGAUUCCAGGUGUGAGCCACCAUGCCCAGACAAGAAUGGCAUUUUUUUUUUUUUAAUCUCAAAUGAAAGCCUCUUUACUAGCUGCUAUGCUGGGGGAAAUCCGUGCUAAGCUGGGACCCUGGUACGGAAGUGGCUGGGGCUGCCAGUCAGGCAAGCAUUGUGAGGACGCAUGUCUCCACAUGGGCAGUGCUACUCUGAGGCACUUGGGAGCAGUGUUCUGCCUGCUGAAGGUGUGGUGGGGUGCAAACAAUGAGUGUCUCAGUUGUUGCAAGUCUUGCCACCAGCAGCAGUUAUUUGGAAAUGUAUGAUAACUUCAGUCAUUGUUGAGGGGGGAGCUAUUUGAAGCAGGGAAGGGGCUGAGGAGUCAGCUGUUUACACCACACCCCCUCCCUGCCUCCAGUGGACUGCUGUGAGCUGGGCCUGUGCCCAGGUGAGCAGAACUAUGGCAUGUGUGGCAGGAUGAGCAGGUCUAGAGCCAGGGCAGCCAGCUGCAUCCUCUGGGAGUUGGUUGUGACUAUUGAAAUGCACAGGCUUAAGCUUUGGUGAUUUUUUUUUUUUUUUGAGACAGAGUCUCACUCUGUCACCCAGGCUGGAGUGCAGUGGCGCAGUCUCAGUUCACUGCAACCUCCUACUCCCGGGUUCAAGCAAUUCUUCUGCCUUAGCCUCCUGAGUAGCUGAAACUACAGGCUUGCAUCACCACACACAGCUAAUUUUUGUAUUUUUAGUAGAGAUGGAGUUUCACUAUAUUGGCCAGGCUGGUCUCAAACUCUUGACCUCGUGAUCUGCCUGCUUCAGCCUCCCAGAAUGUUGGGAUUACAGGCAUGAGCCAACGCACCCGUCCACUUUGGUGGUUUUUAACAUGCUAAGGGAGGAUGUUAAAACUGCCCAUAGUAGCCUUCUUUCCUAUUAUUCCAGGAGGAGAAGAAGGGAGGCCAGACAGCCAGAGCUUCCACCGAAGGAGGCAGAGCUCAGCCACUGGUGUUGGUGAGCAUGUCUGCCCAGGGCUGCCUGCCUCCGCCCUCCACUUGGGAAGACAAGCUCUAUCCCCAGCUAAAAACGCAUCACAAUCCUGAAGAGCCUUGCUUCUGCAGAUAGGCCCCAUCUCCCAGCUCCCCAGUGGUCCUCAGGCCUGGCUAAGAGACAUGUCCAUGAGGCACUGCCUUGACCUCUGGUCUGGCACCUGUCAGCUUCCGUGAUGUGGCAACAGUCCCAGCUGCCAGUGAGUCUGAUGAUAUUUGGAAAAGUAUUUUUUAAAAUGAGAUUACUGAAUUUUACAAACUUUACAUUUCCUAUAGGCUGUAUAAGCUCUUCUCAUGUUUACCUUCAUAUCCAUCCAAUCCAUUCAUUGAGGUACAUGCUAAAUAAAAUUUUUUUUACACUUUAAUUUUUUUAGAGACAGGAUCUCACUCCAUCGCCCAGGCAGGAGUACAAUGGCACAAUCAUGGCUCACUGCAGCCUUGACCUCCUGGGCUCAAGUGAUCCUCUCACCUCAGCCUCCCCAGUAGCUGGGACCACAGGCUCAGGCCACUCCCCCCAUGCCCAGCUGAAGAUAGUUUUAACUGAAGAAAAAUCAAAGUAUUCUCCUGCUGUUAACCUUUAUUAUUGAGGCACUGACUCUGCUAUAGGAAAACAAGGAGGUGACGUUAAUAUCAGUGGUUGACAUUAACCACUGGCAAGUGACAAUGUGAUUCCUUGACAAGUGGAUGCUGCUCAUAAAUGUCAUGAAAGAAAAACACUGAUUUUAGUGAAGCAGAAUGUAGAAGGAAAAGAGUGGGACUGUACAGUUAAUAUUGUCAGUAGACUUUUAUUCAGCCCUCUGUGCCAAACACACAUACUUGAAGUUGGAGUGAAUCCAUGACCAUUGAGAUUUUGGCUGUUUUAUACAAUGAGCGUAUUAUCAACCAACUAGGGUAUGAGAGCAAAUGAUAGGAGGGUGAAUCUGGAUGAGGAGGGACUUCCAGGGCACAGGUGGAGGGGAGGCAUUGCAGCCAUAGAGAGGCCUGAGGGAACAGUGGCGAGGAGGUGUGGACAAUGGCCAGGAGGCAAGGGCAGCACUUCCUGGGCAGGGAAGACUUACCAAGGGGACCAGACUCCUGUCUCUGUUUGGAAAGAAAAGGAACCGCACUAGGGGUUGGGGAGGGCUGGGAUGCCAGUCCUGCCUGAGGGGCCAAGGCAAAAGGAAGGCAUUCACAGACCCCACACCAGGCUCUGAUGGCAAGUGGAAAAGGAGGGAGAUUGAAGCAGAAGCCUAGGCUUCCAGUCCUGGUGCCUGGGUGGGUAUUGGGGGGACCCAGGGAGAGCCCUGUGGGGAUAUUUUAGGUCUGGGCUGGCAGGGGCUCUGGAAGGGGGCAUGGAGGUGUGAACCUGGUGCCCAGGUGGAGGUUCAGUGGGGGGGGUAGCUGGCCAAGGUGCAGACCCCUGCAUCAGAAUGCCUGUGAAGCUGUGUUUCUAUGUUUCUUAAAUUUUUUAGAGACAGGGUCCCACUCUAUUUCCCAGGCUGGAGUUUAGUGGUGUGAUCUCAGCUCACUGCAGCCUCAACCUCCUAGGUUAAAGUGAUACCCCUACCUCUGCCUCCAGAGUAACUGGGACUACAGGUGCAUACCACCAUGCCCAGCUAAUUUUUUUUGUUGUUGUUUUUUUGAGACGAGUCUCGCUCUGUCCAGGCUGGAGUGCAAUGGUGCAAUCUUGGCUCACUGCAACCUCCACCUCCCAGGUUCAAGGGAUUCUCCUGACUCAGCUUCCCAAGUAGCUGGGACUACAGGUGUGUGACACCACACCUGGCUUAAUUUUUAAUUGUUUUAAAGACAGAGUUUCUCCAUGUUGCCCAGCCUAGCCUCAAACUCCUGGGCUCCAAUGAUCUGCCCACCUUACCCUCUCAAAGUGCUGGGAUUAUAGGCAUGAGCCACCACCCCCAGUCAGAAGCUGUGUUUUAAGAGGACAUGCCAUCUUGUCCUGCUGAACACCUCCAUGUAAUCACAAUAUCUAUAGCACCCAAAUCUCUUCCUUCCUCCUCCCUCCGCCAACACACCUCCACAGGUAUGCACACACUCACACUCAAUGGAGGCAGAAUCUCCCAAGAGGGGCUGGCCAGGAGAGGUGUCCCUGAGUUCAGAUGGAGGUGGAAGCCAGAGUGGGGCUGGGACCCCCUAGUGACAUGAGGAUGGGGCUUGGGAUAAAGCCCUGACAUUUAAGAUGUGGAGAGGAGCUACUGAAGGCAAUUGAUUUAGAAAAGCAAUUGAAAAUGAUUUCUUUCUUCAAGAAAGGCAGUCCAACUAGCCGUCACUUCAUCUCCUGUGUUCAGUGUCACCCAGAAGCAGAGUUUAAUGUGACUAAACUCAACACUGGCUCAUACUGUCAGAGAGUGUGGGGAGAUGAGUAAGGGAUCCUCAUCACAGGGCGACACCCACAGCUUAAAAUAGGCGCCUUCCCCUCCCAGGUCCGGUUAGGGCAAAUGUUAUACAUAAGGGGCAUGGAGUUCUGUCUUGUAUUUUGGCCUUGUUGGGUGAAACAUUCCAAAGCUUCCACACACCCUCCUUUUGGCCCAUUAGGAAAGGCUGUUGAUUGUAAUAUUCGCACAGCACCCUUGGUUGUGGUGAAGAGUCUUGCAGAAAGACUGGGAGAAGCCCUUUUGUGUUUGAAGUAUUGUAGCAUCAGAAAAAAACAGGAAGAAGGCAGGCAGGAAGAAGGUGCCUGUGUUUACUUCUUGGAAUUCUCUUCCUCAUUGUCUGAGGCAACUUCAAGGAAAGCGAAGUGUGAGCCUCCAAAUCUGCACCUCGGAGGAACAUUCUCCUUGCGAGUCAUGGGACUGGCUGGCCCUGUGACUCAUGGGGGCUCCAAGUUUCCAGGUCACACUGGCCCCUGAGGCCUGGCUGUGAGGUCUCAGUUGGGGAGCAGGAGGCUCCCUGUAGCCAUGAAGCUUCUCUGGGGUAUGGCUAAAGGUUCACCCUCUUUUUUGUGGGUUUCCUGGAAGAUCCCAAUAAACUGAGCUUUGAAGAAGAGAGGCCAAGAGGGUUUCCAGCCGCCUGUGUUCUCCACAGCUGUGGCCCCACAGCCUCCAGUGACUGUGGAGGGGAAGGUGCCAUCUGCCUUGGCUGCUGAAAGGGUGACGUUCCCAUGCCCGAGUCUUGGCUCCCGUACUCUCACAAAGAUCCUGCAGGGGGCUGCCCAGUCAUCACCUGGACUCAUCAGAGGUUUUCCUUCUUUUUCCACCCUAGACUCAAGCUAUUUUUUUCUGUUUUCUUCACUCUAACUUGCGGAAGAAGGAAGAUCCUUUAUGGAAAAGAAAAAAAUAAAUAAACCUUUCAACAUCCUGCAACUUGAGUUUUAAGCUUUCAGAAGGAGUCAGUGCUGCUGGCCAGCUCAGACCUUUGCCUGGGCUGUGGAGUUCCUCCUGUUGACUCUUCCUCCCUGUGCACACACCACAAAAGUUCUAGGUGGCCCAGCCAGCCCUGGGAAAACAGCGCUAGUGGCCCAAGCUGAGGGUGGUGCCUCGCCUAGCGCAUAUGCAUUGUCCUUUGGGAACUCAAGGUGCACAUGGUGAGCAGGCUCCUCUCAGUCAAGGCGGGAGGCUCCGGGCCCCUCUGCUGUCCUCUCAGGCCACCCAGCUCCCUGCAGAACAUGGUCACCUGGCCAGGCUGACUUGGCCUCCUCAGUCCCCCACACAUCCUCAGAUCAUCACCUUCCCUAGCCACCUCUCUGUACAGCCACCAACAUCUGUGGAGCAUCAUAGACAAUGGUUCUGAGCUGUGGUUUACAAAUUUAACCCCACACAAAGUAAAUUCAAAUUUGCUUUUGGAAUGCCCUUUAUCUCCAAUUAAGUGCAAGUAUAUUUACGCUAUGUGAUAUUAAAGGACUUCUCCAAUGACUGGGAGGUACUGAACCAAGAUGUUUGUAAAGAAAUGGUGGGGGGAGGUGAUUAGGUGGAAUAUAACAUCCCUGCCAUUUCUCUUCCUUCAGGUGAGUAAGCACUCUUAUAGCAGAAGGGCUAUGGAUUGCCAGCUGUGCUCUGUGGACUGGGCCAGUAGGUAUGGCCCAGUUCCAGGUCCCAGCACCUUUGCUGAGUGCCCAACCUGAGAUGACAUGUGCCAUCCUGGAGAGAACAGAGAGGGUGCUUCUCCAGGCAGCCUGAGCCUGGUUUGCUGAGCCAGCUGGAGGAGUGGAUCUCCUGACGGGCUUGGGGCCAGAAUCUGGUAUCUUAAGCUGAGAAUUGGAGGCAGGAUCUACUGCAGAGAGGCAAUAACUCUAACAACAACAACAAACUUGUCCAGUAUGAUUACAAAGACAGGAAAAGGCUCCAAGCUAGAAAAUGAUAUUUGGAGUAUGGAGAACAUUGUCACCUGAUAGAAGCAUUCUGUUCCCGUACAGAAAAAGGAGCUGGUGCAGGUCCUAGGCCACAUAUGUCACAAUUGUUUUGAACCCUCAGUAGCUUUUAUACUCAUAAAAUAUCAAAGUUGCCCCUUUCAUAUUUGGGUCAUUCAAAGAGCCUACCUUACUCCAGGUUCCUGCUCACUAUGCACAGCCUCUCAGAAUAUGGCAUACAAAACUAUUUUUCUAACUAUAGCACAGGUAAUGUGGGGUGGGGAGGCUUGGGAUAUACCUAAAUGUGGCAAAUGACUUAUCUUCCACCUUGAGGGAUGAAAAGGAAACUAUGCACUUGAAUUUUAAUUCACCAUUGGAUUGCUUGUGCCAGAAAGAGCAGUAAAUACUGAAGAAGCAAAACACGAUUAGCUCAGUUUUGGGCCUCCCUGUAGGGAUAGUUUUCUCGUCUGGAACGCAAACACCUACAAGUAGAGCGUGAGCUCGUUCUUGACAAUCAGAUCUCAUCAACCCUUUGGAAUGUUCUGGGCAGCACAAUUCCUAGGUCUGCAUGGUUGGUGUAAGUAUAAUCAAGUAGUGAAAUUGUAUGGUAUAUACUUAUAUGCCAACAGUGUACACCUGUAUGUGCAGAAUUUGCUGAUAUAACCAUUUCAAUAAAAAACCUAUUGAAAAAGCUGA